AUGGCGACUUCCAUGAGUGAUCAUGCAGUCGCACAGCUGCGAGCAACGCGCGCCACCAACGAAGAAGUCAUUCGUCAACUCCUAGCAUCCAACGCUGCACUCGAUCAAAUCAUCGCUGACCACGAAGGCACCACCACGAGACUUUCCUCGUGCCGCUUCCUCGACCUUCCACCUGAGCUUCGAGAUCAGAUCUAUGAUAUUUGCCUGUCGGUGGGCAAGGUCUUCCUACCACCAUUUCUGGCUGGAGAUGUCCGCCUAGAAGGCCGACGUGAAUUUGAAAAGCCUAAAUGGCAACUCCUGCUUGUGAGCAAGAAGAUUCGCGAGGAGUCCGCCAAGAGGCUUUUCUCAUGCAAUUUGAUGGUUUUGAGCGCCGCAUUGGGUUCGAAAGAUGACACGGCGUGCAACGUCUGGCUGAUUCGAGUCUGGUCGCCAUUCACGCAUCUCAGAAAAUGGCCUCUGAGCUUUCGACACCUCAAACGCGAGUUUCUAACGAAGGUCAGCAUUGCAUUUGACAUGCGAUGCGAGGAUAAACUGCAGUCUGCUUGCUUAACGAAACCAGUCUGGACACCCAACGGUACCUUGGCGAGACCUCACCACGACACACUGCUUCAGAAGACCCUAACGUGGAAGUAUAUGCUCCACUGUUCCAUGGGUCCCGCCCUCCGUCAUCUACAGGUUGACCUCACAAAUUGCUAUUGUGACUCCGGAUGCCAUCGCCUGACGAGUACAGCUGCUGCUCUGCUGGUUCACGACAACAAAGAUCUGCCGAUAAAAUUGGAAGUGAUCGAAAUCCUGGGUACACAGACUGCUGACGAACGCCGUGAACUCACUGGCGCACUGGGAUUUGAGUUUACAGAAGAUGUCAAUGAAAAUGAGCUUCGAUUCCAUCGAAACGAUAGCGGUCAAAGCAUUGAUCACGGCAAAUUGACGAUGCGAUUCAAGGCUUUCAAGAUCCCAAGCAACAUUUCGUCCUUCCGAUGGAGUUCUCAUCUAAACUUUUAUCAGCAUGAAGACCUAGGUGACGAGGUCAUCGAGUACGGUCCUCCAACGAUCCGCUUCAAGCUCGAAGACCCGUACAGCAGUUGGUACGAGAGAGCGCCAAUCGAUCAACCUCGACCGUCGAAGACUGGAUCUUCAGAAGUGCUGGUGCAGCUAUGA